AUGCAGCCUUGUCCAUAUGACAUAUAUAAUCAAAUAAACCAAGUAGGAACCCAUUGGGCUCAACAUUUAGGAGAUCACUUACAUCAGUUAGCACAUAUGCAUCAUCAUACUCCUCAUGUACAUCACAUUCCACAUGUCCAUACGCUAGCUCAUGAUAGGCCUUGUAUGCCAAUAACUGCUUUCUUUUGUCGACAUCAUGAACAUUGUAGUUCCCAUUUAAUGCUAUCCUUUUUAUUAUUAGCUUUCUUUCUAAUAUUAGUUUAUAAAUUAUAUAAUGAGGUUGUUAAUUCAUCUAAAACCGUACGUAUUGUAAAUAUAACACCAGUAAAUGAUGACCAAAAGGAAGAUAAUAGUAAGGACCAAUCAAAAUCAAGUGAACCAUCUACUAAGACAAGUCAAAUAUUAUAA